CGGCGGGCGGGAGGCUCGCGAAUCGCCAUAUAGGUCCGCUUGCCGGCAUGAGCGAUGAGCUGGCUGCUGCCGCUGUCCCACACCGUGACACUGACCGUCGUGCACGUGAGGCGAGGCAUUUGCGGGCUCGGGAUGUACUAUGCGGUGAGGAGAGGCCGCAAGACCGGCGUCUUCCUGAGCUGGACUGAGUGCAAAGCGCAGGUGGACCGGUUUCCUGCCGCCAGGUUUAAGAAGUUUGCCACAGAAGAUGAAGCUUGGGCCUUUGUCAGGAACUCUUCAAGCCCAGAGGGCUCAAAGGAGGGAGCCUUGGACUCUUUGGAGCUCCUACAAGGCCAGAGUCUGGGAUGGUUCGUUCUCAGUCGUUCCUUCUCAGCAGGGCUACAUCCAGAGUGCCCUAGUCUGGUUCAUGUACUCUCUGGUUUUGGGUCAUGGUCAGAAUCUCUUUCAGGGCAGGAAACCGCAAAUGUGCAGGACUCAAAGGUGAAGACCAGCAAGCGGCCUCGGGAGCCUCUGAAUAAAGGGGAAGAACUGCCCGAGCCAGGGACAAAGCACACCAAACGGAACACAGAACACAUGGAACCUGAUCCCCCAGUGAGCAAGGACAUGUUUUCUUAUAUGGGAGAGUCUGUUGUAGUCUACACGGAUGGCUGCUGUUCCAGUAACGGGCGGAAUCGAGCAAGAGCAGGAAUUGGCGUUUACUGGGGGCCAGGCCACCCCUUAAAUGUAGGUGUCAGACUUCCUGGGCGACAGACAAACCAGAGAGCCGAGAUCCAUGCAGCCUGCAAAGCCAUCAUGCAAGCCAGGGCUCAGAACAUCAGCAAGCUGGUUCUUUACACAGACAGCAUGUUCACCAUCAAUGGGAUAACCAGCUGGGUCCAGGGCUGGAAGAAGAACGGCUGGAGGACAAGCACGGGGAAGGACGUGAUCAACAAGGAGGACUUCAUGGAGCUGGACGAGCUCAGCCAGGGCAUGGACAUCAAGUGGAUGCACAUUCCUGGUCACUCGGGAUUUGUGGGCAACGAAGAAGCCGAUAGGCUGGCAAGGGAAGGCGCGAAGCAGUCUGAAAACUGAGCAAAGUGGUUGCUACACACUUGGACCCGAGGCAGUGACUUGCCCUGAUGUGCUUUGAGGCCACAGCUGGAAGAGUCAACCAUGACCUGUGACACAACUUGAUGAGAAGUGCUUGAAUGACAGAAAGGGGAGGUUGAACUCACAUUUCUGGGAAGUUUCAGCCUUUGUGCCUUGUGGGUCUGUUAUUCUUAUUUGAUUUGUUGCAAUCUGGCCCAAAAUACUCCAGCUUGAUUUCAGUAGGGAUUGGUGAGACACUGGUCAGUAGGUGUGGUCUAAAGGUUCCAGAAUGUUUAUUUUCCUUCCGGUGUGCACAGGUACAAGCCCCCUGCCCUUGCAGGUGCCCUGUGCUUCUGUGUGCAUUAGUGAUGACAUGGCCAUGCGGGAGCCAAGGCUGGUCUGAGGCCAGGCAGAGCCUGCGUCCAGGUGACCUUGGCUCCUGGACCACCUUGAAGGACAGCUGAGAACUUUAAAAAUCAGGAUGCAUAAAUAUAUUGCUAUUAGAUUUCUUUGGCUGUUUUUCCUAAAAAUACUAUAUAAAUUUAAAACAUGUUUAAAGUUAUCCUUAUUUAUUUUUAUAAUAAAAAUAUACAGGAAUUACACAAAAUUAUGCAGUUUGUAAAGUUACUGUUAAAGGUACUAUCUAAAACUAGAAAUUGAGAAAAUCAGUCUAGAGAAACAGGGUGGUCAGAUUGUUCUUAGGCAGACCCUCAUGGCCCUUAAGAAAUGGGACGCUGUGCAGCCUUACUCUAGAGAAGACAGGGAUGACGGGGACACUGAGACAGUGCUCGCACCUGUGCCGACUCUGAGUUCCUUAGACUGGGACUCUGGGCCAUCUGCCAGAGCCCAGGGCAAGUGGAGUCAUCUCGUGAGGAUAUGAUGUUUUUGAUGUCACAGCAGGUCUCUGAAAGAACUCGAAGCAGAAGUGUAUAUCAGGGAGGACGGGGUGUUGGCCUGAGUGAGGCUGGGGUGACUGGUAUCCAUCUCUGCUGGCUUGGCGAGGGACCUGUGUAGUAAGGCCAGCUCACCGUCCUACAUGGAGGUGGGGGAAUGGGUCACUGCAUGUUUCAUAAGCUUGAGGACCUGACCUGAGUUCAGACCCCAGCACCAUGUAACCAGAGGGGCAUGAUCAAAGCAUACUUGGAGUCCCAGCACUGUGAGGGGUAAAGACUGCAGAGUUGCUGCUACAGCUUGCAGAACAUCCAACCUGUCCAAAAAUCUGAGCUCCAUGUUCAAUGGUAAGAGAAUAGAGCAGAGACACCCAGUGUCCUGUGUCUUCAGAUACACCUGCACACACAUGCAUUAGCACAAAGUCCUAUAUUAGAACCAGGUGUGGGGGCACACACCUGUAAUUUCAGGGUUAGGGAGGCAGAGGCAGUAGGGAGGGUCAGAGUUCAAGUUUGGCUUAGACUAUGUAGCAAGUUUGAGGCUAGCCUGGGCUACCUGAAACCAUGUCACCAAAUGAAACCUCUCAACCUGGUUAUCUGCGUUUCUUUAGUGGGGACUGAAUGUAGAGUCUAGCAUGGUGGGCAGGCACUCUACUACUGAGCUGCAUCAUCUCCACUCGCACCGUGUGUGUAGGCUGCAGAGUGUGCCGCCUGUCUGUCUCAUUCUCCACUUCUAAAAUUUUUUUUUUAAAUAUUUAUUUAUUAUGUAUACAAUAUUCUGUCUGUGUGUAUGUCUGCUGGCCAGAAGAGGGCACCAGACCUCAUUCCAGAUGGUUGUGAGCCACCAUGUGGUUGCCGGGAAUUGAACUCAGGACCUUUGGAAGAGCAGGCAAUGCUCUUAACCACUGAGCCAUCUCUCCAGCCCCCCACUUCUAAAAAUUUUUAUUAGCAUAUGUGUAAUAGGUUUUAGUAAAUUUUCAUACACAUGCAUAAUGUAUUUUGACCAUUUUAACCACCCAUAACCCUAUCUUGUCUGUACUCCCCAGUGAUCCCUUUUCUGAACAAGCCCCUUUCCACUGAUAACUUCUGAAAGUUGUUUUAUAGAGCGCAAAGGCCUUGAUACAGGCUUGAUGUGAAGAUUGGCUGGAGGACAGAAGCCCGCUCUCUGGAUGUGUUUUACACAGUCUAGGGCCAUGCUCAAACCCUGGGAUAAUACACCGCCAAGGAUAUCUAUCACAUGAGAAGUCUCACAACACUGUUGCAAAUUGGACUGUACUCUCUAAGAGUGUGGGAUUCAUAGAAUUGCUUUUGGAAAUAGAUCAAAGUCCAGUUGGUCAGUCUACAUACCGUGUCCCAUGGCAUGGGUGCAUACUACAACUGGAACGUGUGUCCUCAAGAAAAGCCUUCCUCUUUCACUUAGGUGUGUGUCUGUUAGUGCUGGUACUCUCCAAGGACAGAAGGGGAUUGGAUCCGCAGGAGCUGUACUUGUAAACCACCCAUUGUGGGUGCUUGGAACUGACCUUGGAUCUGUCUGUAAGAGCAGCAAGCACUCAGCCAUCAUCCUCUCCAGCCCCACAUCAUCUUGUUUUGUUAGAAACAGUCUCUCAUUGGAUCUAAAACUCAUUGAUUCAGAUAGAGCCCCAGUAAUCCACCUGUCCUGACCUCCCCAGUGGUAGGAUUAUGGGUACACGCAGCUGUGCCUAGGUUUUGUGUAGUGUAUGUGUGUACGCACACAUGUUCCUGUGUGUUUUGUCAUCCUGUGUGCAGGUUUUUAUGGAGGUGUGUGGUGGGUGUUUUCUUCUGUUGCUCUCCACCUUAAUUAUUUUGAGAUAGGGCACUACUAUAUGGCAGCCCUGGCUGGCCUGGAUCUCUGGAUUUGUACACCAAGAUGGCCUUAAACACAGAGAUCACUUACCUCUUUGUGCUAGGGUUAAAGGUGUGCGCCUCCACACCCAGUCACUUUGUAUUUGAUGCUGGCUCACUGAACCUGGAGCUCACCAAUUUAGCUAGAGUGUCUGCUUAGCAAGCCCUAGUAAUCUGCCUGUCUCCUCCCCCGUGCCGGCAUGAUAGGCACACGCAGCCAUGCCCAGCUUUUGCCCAGGUUCUAAGAAUCUGAUCUCAGGUUCUCGCAUUUGUGUGGUAAACACUUUAUUGACUGAGCCAUUUCUUCAGCCUGUGUCUGACUUUCUGUGUGGGUCUAGGAAUCCAAACUGGGAUUCUCCUGCUUGUGUAUGUAUGCUCCACCACUGCAGUUUGAGAAUGUGAGAUCUCGGCUUUUCCUGCUGCCAUGCCUGGUUCUGACUGCCAUGCUUCCCCAUUGUGAUGGUGAUGGAGUCAUCCUUCUGGGACCCUAAACCCCAAAUAAAUCCUUCCAUCAUUGCCUU